AUGGAGGUCGUAGAUGCCGUGGGAACGCUUUGCGCAGCCACUAGCGGCGCCGAUGACGUCGUGAGCAGCACUUACAAUGGCGCAGAAGCUGAGGGCGCGGUGGAGACGGCCAAUGGCGCGCUAGACGAGGCCUGGAGCGUACCGGAACCGGCGUACGCAGCCGAGAAGAGGUGGAUGGCCGCAGAAGCGCAGCACUUGCUCUUCGGCAAGAUCGGACGGUUGUGGGACGAGGCAGUGCGGGACAUCUGGGUUAUGGGCACCAGGUCCAAGUCGGAAAUGAACUCCGUGAACCCGGCAGUCAUAAGGGACGGUUGUGAAAAAGCUCGGUGGAUUUCGCCACCGAACCCAUGUCCAGCUGACCUGUAUCAAUCCAGGAUGCUGACCCGUAUCAAUCAAGCAGACUUCAAGUGCGUCAUGGCCGCGAUGGAUCUGGAUCACCAACUGUCGGACACGAGCCGUGCGACGAAGGAAGCUGAGCCCGAGGAGCAGGCGUCCGAGCGAGGUCGUGCCGAGCCCGAGCCCGAGCCCGGUUUCUACUGUGAUCAUGGGACCUUCACCCAAGUCGACGAGCUGGGCGAGGAUCGAAGGUCUGAGCGGAGUGACGUGGAGUCCAAGCCCGGCCUCGAAUACGAUGUUCAAAAUCUUUGCUCAAGUCGAGAAGCCGAGCGGAGUGUUGCAGACCUGAGCGGAGUUGUUGGAGUCCAGUUGAAGUGCCGGAUCGCGGACACUUCAAGCGGAUCUCAACGGCCUCCAGCGGCUCCGAGAGACGACGCUCGCCGACGUGGAGCCGCCGCAUUGGCCAAGACCAAGGAUAUCGGGCGGAUCUUCAAGGGCGCCCGAGCUGAGCAGAGGCCGUAUCAACCUGAGCAUCCAGCCCAGAUACCACUGCCAGGCAGUCCUGACUCCAAGCGUCCAGCCCAGAAGCAAGCUGAGACCCGACAAGUGCAGUCCACGGGAUUCCGGUUCACGCAUCGGUUAUCGGCUUCGCUGGGACGACGACUUCGGGUGCCCUCAGUCGAGCGAGACUACCGGCGAGCCCUUCAGCAGAGUGAAGCUACGGCCUGGGCACGCCUUGAUGCAGAGCAGAACCAACGCCGAGCUCUCGAAGCUCGAUUGAGUGCCGCUCUGGCCGAAAACCAGGUGGAGCAAGCUCGACUGCAGGAUGAGUACCAGAAACUUCAGGCGACCAACGUUCGGAUGUCCGAAGCCCUACAACAGGCCAAGACGGAGCAGCAGAAGCAGCUUGAAGCCUUGGAGAAGCUGGCCCAGCGCCGCGCCGCCGAAGAAGCUGAGAAGCGCAAUUGCAGCCAGCUUUUGAGGUUUCGCCCCCUUGGGCAGCUUGGUUUGCUUCAGUUUGCUUCGGCGUAG